UCUAAGGCAGAGCUGAUCCCCUGUGGAUCAGCUGGCACGCCAUGGGAAGAGUCUGGAAGCACAGCCUUGAGUUUCUUCGAGUGCCGAGCAAUUAAUUUGGGCAAGCAGGGAGUUCUCACUGCUAUGGACAGUGCUAUCACCCUGUGGCAGUUCCUCCUCCAGCUCCUCCAAGAGCCUCAGAACAAGAACAUCAUCUGUUGGACCUCCAACGACGGGGAGUUCAAGCUGCUGCAGGCAGAGGAGGUGGCCAGGCUGUGGGGGAUCCGCAAGAACAAGCCCAGCAUGAACUAUGAUAAACUCAGCCGAGCGCUCAGAUACUACUACGUGAAGAAUAUCAUUAAGAAAGUGAACGGGAAGAAGUUUGUGUACAAGUUUGUCUCGUAUCCGGAGAUUUUAAACAUGGACCCGCUCGUCGUGGGCCGGAUAGAAGGAGACCCUGAACUGACUGGCUUUGGAGAGGUCAACAGCGCUCCAAAGGACGUGGAAAACUGUGGGAAGGAGAAGUCCCAGUCGUGUGCGAAGUCCUCGAGCCGCAACGACUACAUCCACUCAGGCCUGUACUCCUCCUUCACCCUCAACUCCCUCAACAGCUCCAGCGUCAAACUCUUCAGGUCCAUCAAGAUCGAGAACCCGGCGGAGAAGCUGACGGAGAAGAAGCCUCAGGAGCCGACCCCCUCCGUCAUCAAGUUUGUCACCAUGCCCUCCAAAAAGCCGCCCUCGGCCCCCCUGGUCUCCACCGCCAGCGCUCCGCACGCUCCCGCCGCGUCCUCCUCCCUUCCCCUGGGAUCUGAGGAGACCCUCCAGACCCUGGAGACGCUCGUCCUGCCCAAGUUGACUGUCCCCGAAGCUCCAGCACCUUUGCCAAACUUAACCAGCAGCUUCACCCCGACCCCCCCCAUCUCCUCGGUGUCUCCCACUCUCCAGGUCCCUUCCACGCCCCCGUCGCCGCCCCUGAGCUCCAACCCCGACCUGGACAUUGACACGGACAUCGAGUCCGUGGCCUCCCAGCAGCUGGAGCAGGCCCAGAGCCUUCAGCACCAAUCCCCAGAGCCCAAAGAGCAGGAUUCAUCCGUGCUGGAGAAGGAAUUUGCCAAUCACCUCUCCAGAUCUAAGAAACCCAAAGGGCUGGAGUUGGCUCCCACUCUCGUCAUCACGGGCAGCGAUCCAAGUCCUCUGGGCAUUCUGAGUCCUUCUCUCCCCACUGCUUCUCUUACUCCAGCACUUUUCUCUCAGACUCCCAUCCUGUUGACUCCCAGCCCUUUGCUCUCCAGCAUCCACUUCUGGAGUACCCUGAGCCCGGUGGCUCCUCUCAGUCCUGCCAGGUUGCAAGGUGCUAACACCCUCUUUCAGUUUCCAUCAGUGCUGAACAGUCAUGGCCCAUUUACUCUGUCUGGACUGGAUGGACCCUCUACCCCUGGCCCGUUUUCCCCUGAUCUCCAGAAGACAUAGCACAUGGAACUCAUGGAAAGGACACGUUGGCAAGCAAGGGAAAGAUGGGACACUUCUAUUUAACCACGUUUUUUUAAAAAUGAGCAAUUUAUAAUUCCACACAGAGAUUCUCAACGAUCGUAGUUUUCGCCAUUCCCAAGUAAAAAUGCCUUUUUUUUUGCAAAAUUCCCUUUUUUUCUGAAGAACCCAGGUUGGGAAUGUAUAUGCAAAGGCCUUAAUAGGAGCUGCAGCUCCAGUUUUCUUCUCUUCCCUCCUUGGUUUGGAAGAUUUCACGUGGUCAAAAAGGGACUUUUGGUCGGUGUUGCAGCAACUGAGUCUGCACUGAUUGCAGUGAACAGUGUCAGGGAAGUCUUUUCUCUGUGACUUUUGGGG